AUGUCUUUGAAUCGUAGCACCGUGGACGAUGUGGUCCACGAGGAUCAGAUCAGUCCAGCGGUGUACGUUGGUGCAGCGAUCGCGCUUGGAUUUAUCGGGUUCUUCGGGUUCACCAUGAACCUCGUGGUCGCGAUCGUGAUCGUCAAGGACGCUCAGAUACUCUGGACUCCCGUGAACGUGAUCCUCGUCAAUCUUGUAGUUGGUGACUUCCUGGUAGCUGCACUGGGGAAUCCGGUAGCCAUGGUUUCUGCGAUCACAGGCGGAUGGUACUGGGGCUACAAAGUGUGUCUCUGGUAUGCUUGGUUUAUGUCUACUCUGGGGUUCGCCAGUAUCGGGAACCUAACAGUAAUGGCGGUUGAAAGGUGGCUGUUGGUGGCCAGGCCGAUGAAAGCUUUGUCCAUAAGGCAUGCUAUGAUACUAGGUUUCGUCGUUUGGAUCUACGCACUCUGUCUCUCACUUCCGCCUCUGUUCGGUUGGGGAAGCUACGGUCCUGAAGCAGGGAAUGUGUCUUGCAGCGUGUCCUGGGAGGUCCAUGAUCCCGUUACGAAAAGCGAGAGCUACAUAGGAUUCCUGUUUAUGUUCGGUCUGGUUGUUCCGGUUUUGGUAAUCAGCAGCAGUUACGUGGCCAUUAUAUUAACUUUGAGGAAAGUGCGAAAAAGAGCAGGUGCGAGCGGAAGACGCGAGGCAAAGAUUACGAAGAUGGUUGCAUUAAUGAUAACAGCCUUCCUGUUAGCCUGGUCACCGUACGCUGCCCUGGCACUCGCUGCACAGUAUUUCGAUGCGAAACCAUCGGCUUCAGUAGCCGUCUUACCAGCUUUAUUAGCCAAGUCCUCCAUCUGUUAUAACCCCAUCAUUUACGCUGGCCUGAACAACCAAUUUCCGCGCUCUUUGAAGAAGAUCUUCGAUAUACGAACGUCGAGAACCAUGGUACCUGACAGUCAAAACACAGCGUUGACCAUGAUGAACAGACAGGAGCAGAGAAACUGA